AGAGGACUGGGAAACGAAGAAGAAUUGAGAAAACAAUCGUGAAAGAGGCACCGGGCGCACCACCGGAGGAUUUAGACCCAAAACCAACAGGACUACCAGCAUCACCGCCAGUGGAAGGAUCACCCGACAAGGCAAAGGACGUGCGUGUGCCAAAUUCAGAGGAAGGCUCGGUGAGCAUGGAGCCAACCAAAGAUUCGGCAAAAGGGGGCAUUGUCCCUAUCGCAGACACCGACCAUAAUGAAGCAUCUAACGGUCAGGCCGAAUCAACCACAACAACACCCCCGGAUGCCAGUGAUAAUGCUAACAACAAAACGGAAAAGGGCACUGGAGAAAAUAUUCCGAACAAUACAAAUGAAUCAGAUGUCGCAGGAACAGAAGGAAAAACGGAUGAGAAUAAAGAUAAUAAUCCCAAUGAAACAACACUCCAUGUUGCGGGUAUAAAAACUGUCACGACGACGCCUGGCGACAGUGACGGCAGCACCGCGGUCUUCCACACCACCUCCCCUCUUUUGCUUCUUCUUGUUGCGUGUGCGGCUGCGGUUGCGGUGGUGGCCGCGUGA